UAAAAGAGCUAAAUGAAUCCAAUCUGAAGAUAGAAGCAGACAUGAUGCAGCUCCAGACUCAGAUUUCAUCCAUGGAGUGCAACCUGAAAACUAUCGAGGAGGAGAAUAAAAUAAUCGAGCAGCACAACGACGGUCUGUUGAAGGAGUUAGCGCAUCUGAGUCAAGCACUUAUCAACAGUCUGACAGAUAUCCAGCUGCCGCAAAUGGGUCCAAUAAAUGAACAGAACUUCGAAGCGUAUGUGAACACGUUGACGGAUAUGUACAACAAUUCAGAGCAUGAGUAUUCGCCCGAAUGCAAAGCCUUACUGGACAGCAUCAGACAGGCCAUCAAGGGCAUUCACGUAUAAGGCCAAACUCUCUCACAAGUGUUUGAUUGUCUGCCGAGGGCUGGCUUUAUCAUCUGUGCAAGAUAUGUCUCGUUUAAAACAACAACAACUCCAUUCCAUGACAAAUUCACUGCACUGAAAAUGACCAGCCUGAUUUUUACAGCUCAAUGUUCCUUUUAGUGAGAUUUUGACCUCCUUUUGCACUUAUUUAUUUCUUAUGGUUUGCUUGACUUUCCUCCGUAUUGUUCUUUUGUGUGUUAUUAUAUUAUUGCUACAUAUUAUCUUUAUUCAUCGGUACUAUUUAUCUCACAGUAAUCUUAUUUAUUGAUUUAUUUAUUGCUGCAACUCCAAAAUGGAAAAAGGCCAAUCUUACAUAUUGUGAAUUUUAAUUUUGCAUUUGUUGUACAAUAACUGGGAGUUUUAGUCGUUCAAAAGAUAUCACGAUGACUUGUUCUUCAUCAACAGAUGUCAAAUGUGAGAACAGUCCACUUGCGCCACCUGUAGGUGAGCAGCUGGUAUUGGUCUAUUAGAGCUGUACUGUAUCCAAACCUGACAUGUAGUUAAUGUACACCACUGAAAUGACAUCAUUUGUUGACAAGAGAGCAAAAAGAAAAAUAUUGAUCUGAUUAACUCUCCAAACGACUGUACACCGACUGUACAGUGAGCAAAAAUCAAAUCAUCCACACACACACACAACUUAUUUCCGUUUCUGUUCAUAUGAACUGCCUUUGGUGUGCACAUCCGUGUGUGCAUAUAUGUGCCUAAAUGUAAAUGAGUACAUGGAACAUGCUAUGUUUUGUGGUAGAGCAGUAUUACGUGAAUGGUGAUUCAUUUUAUUCUGCAGUAUAUUUAUUUUCUGAAUGAAAAGCCUCUAAACUCUGUUUACCUACUGUUUAUACGCCAUUUUAAGUAUGUGACGAUAUUCUUGUAAAAAAAAAAAGGUGUUUUAUGAUCAGGCAAAAUACGUUUUUUAUUCUUUUCUGUGAGACUGAACUCCUCAACCUUCGGCUUCUUAUGCGCGACAAACGGUGGGCUCUCAAAUAAGUUUUAUGAAUGAUAUUUUCUCAAAGCACUUCAUGUCUUCAAGCCACCAAAAUCUAAAAAUUGACAAUUUACAGCAAGAGAACGGCAACAGAGAGUAAUCUUUCCAUUUUGACUGGAUCUGUACCGCUUGAUUUUGUGUUUUAAUGCACGGCCGAGGUCACCUUAGUGCUGUUACGAUCACAAACGGCCUCGUCACAGCACUUUUUAAACUUUCUCUAACA